CAACGAAGAAAGUGAUGAAGAAAAAUGUAUGCAAUUCUUGACCUUAAACACGGGGAAAGACGACUCCUAUCAGGCACCUUGUCCUAAACAAAAUUCUUGGACACAACUGAGGAUCGUGGCGGGUUGAUUGAUGAUGCUUCCAGAUACAUAAACUGAAAAACUCGUGGUACCUGGGAUAGUAGAAGACAUUGGUGCAAAAAUUUUUCUGUCUAUCUAUCCCCAAGCGUCAUCAAUAACCCCGCCAUGAUCCUUAGUUGUGUCCAAGAUUUUUUGUUUGGGACAAGGUGCCUGGUAGGAGUCGUCUUUCUCCAUGUCUAAGGGCCUUGUUGACAUGUGCCAAAAAUUUGAACAAUGGGUUGAUUGAGAUUCCUAUUGAGAAAAGGUGAUGAACAUCCCUUAUAGCCUUCGGUUUGGGCAUGAGGAGAUUAUUCAAUUACUCAAAAAAGAGGAGCUUGAGGCCUUUCACAUGAAAGAUGAUAUUAGUGUUAUAAUCUCUAAAUCCUUUUCUCAUAAAAUAUUUCAUGCAUUGGAAUUGAAUCUCUAUAUCCUUUUCUUUUUGUUUUCCUCAAACCUUCAAAUUUAUUUCUAAAUCUUCAUUUCCUCUAUUUUACAUUGGCGACUAUCUCUUUUGCCACCCAUUUUCAACUUUAUAUCAGCUUUCUUGAUUUUUGAUCUUCUUGAUCUAAUUGCAUGGCUUAUGAUGAGUGCGAGUUUGACAAAGUCAAAUAUUGGUUCAUAUUAAAUGAAUUUUGGGAAUGACACUACACUUUGGUUUCAACACGUAUGAUUCAUUCACCUCAAAUUGAUGUUUGUUGAUUACAAAUUUAUGUGCUCAAUUAUUAAGUGUGCAUACAAUGGUAACAGGCACACAUUAUUGUAUAAAUGACAUCAUGUACUAGUGUGUCCCACGGGUCAAUGGUAUACUUUUGUACUAGUAAUUGAUGAUUUGUGAAUCUGUUUUUACUAUAUAGGCUGUUGUACGAAGAAUAUGAAAGAGUGAGAGAUAUCUUUGGUUUUAUGUUUCCUUCAAUGAUAUCCCUAAAUGCCUCGGAGUUUUUACAUUGCUUAAACUACAUUGUGUGGGCUCUAGAUGGCUCAAAAAAAUAAAGUUCUUUUCCUAAUUAGGCAAAACAAAACCCUAUAUUUGCCUUUACGCAACAAGAAAGUGUGAUGUACACUCGCCUCCUCUACUCACCCUCUUCCUUUAAAUCUCCCUCAUGCAUGUCUCCAAGGUGAGAAACCUAGCCUCGCUCCUUUACUCGCUAGAGUCACUGCUUUUGCUGCCUGGGUUAAGCUCUGAACUGCUUUGAACACUUGUUGCUGGUUCAGGCCCUCGUCCUUUUUUUGACGGCGGCAAUAUCUGAAUUGAAAUCUGUCCAUUCUUUUUUUACGAGUAAAAAAUUUAUUUUGUUUACACCUCAGAAAAAUGUAUCUAUUAUAUAUAAAAAGACAAUCAAAAUUGAGUUCAGCCCAUGCAAAAUUGGACAGACCAAUAUCAAUUUAUGGUUUAAUCUGACGUUCCAAUUUCAAUUUCAAAGCAGUGGCAAUUUUGUAAUAAAGGUGAAAUGGAUUGGUAUUUACUCUCUCCGUCCCCCUAAGAUGUUCUCAUUUUGACUUUUUGUGUUUUUUAAGGAGAGUUGAAAACAGGUGAAAGUUUACCAAAAUACCCUUAAUGAAAAUGGGUGGAGUGUAUUAAAUGAGGUGGGUGAGGUGUAAUAAAUAAAGUAAGUGGGGGUAGUUGUGGUAUUUUACUUGCUAAAAAAUGAAAUGAGAAGAUCUAUUGGGGACAAAGAAAAAGGGCUAUUGAGAAGAUCUAUGGGGGACGGAGGGAGUAUUAUUUAUUUUACGGUUUUCUUUCAUCAACUAACGAGGAUUGAGAGAGACGCAACCAGUAACGGUGAUGCAAUCCGCCCCUUAGUAUCGGUGACCAAAACUGGCGACCAAAACAGGCGCAAUCAAACCAAGUUCAACCGCCGACCUCAAUCGAAGUUCUGCCUUCUUCCCUCGCAACAACAGAUGUAGAUAAUCAAACAGGGUGGCGCGCCGACAAACAAACCUAUAGUCGUCCAAAACGACGGUGGACGAAGAACAACUAAACAACAGGGAGACAAACCUGGUGAUGGCAGCUACCGACUCCUUAGAUUGAGGAUAUAGACUAUUUGCACCUGAGAAAUCGGUAAUUUGAUCUUCUUUAAAAUUUUCUUUUGUUUCUAAAAUCUUUGACGACAACUUUACUUCAAAUUUGAAUUUUAUAACAGACACUCUACUUUGUUUAAGAGGGUUAAAGAUGUUAUAGCUCACAUCUAGGUUGUUUGAGCUUUCUUAAUAGCAACGAAGAAAGUGAUGAAGAAAAAUGUAUGCAUUUCUUGACCUUAUACAAAGUAUUAUUAGAUUAUUAUGAUUUUAUAUUUAAGAAGAGAGAUUUUGGGGUAAUUUACACCCUGGGUUGGUGAUUUCCAUUAGGGGUCUUAUGGCCUUAACGAAGUGCAUGCAGUCAAUCUGUUGCCUUGAUUAGAUUGUCUGCUUGCACUUCGUUAAGGCCAACUACUUUCCGAUUCCAUGUUUCAAUAUACCAUUCUGCCUUAGAAAUUGACCAGUUAUCAAAUGAAAAAUCAAUACCAUAAUCUUAUACACAUGAAUGACAUGAUCCCUGUUGUCCAAUGUCACUAGGAUUUUCAAUUUUUUUAUUAUAAUUGGACAAAACGAGUUACUCCGUACGAUACUAGCUUUCCUUGUCCAACUCAUCUAAUUUUCCACUUCAUGAGUAGUAGAUGUCAAUUGUUUCUUAAAAUGAAGUGAUUGUGUUUUGUUCCACUUUUACUUGUCGUAUCCCAAUGUUUUCUUCGUCAGCCACUUCAUCUUUUCUUCUUCUUCUUCCGAUGGACCCCCCUCCUCUCCCCCUCUCAAAGCGACAUCAAGCCCCCUCACGCUCACGCUGCCGUUCAUCAUCACCACUCCAGCUCUGGCUCCCACCUUCACUUCCACUCCGAUUCAGAAGACGACAGAGACGACGACAACGGAUGUUCCCAGAUCGCCUCUUUGCACCACCACCACCAAUCUGAGACCCCCUAUGCGGCUGACGAUCCUGACGCCCUUUAUUCUUCUUCCCCUCUUGCCUCCACUUCCGGUACAUUUAUGCACAUGAAUUUCAUGCGGAACCAAUCCACGCCCUCUGUUACUUAUCAACAACGGCCCAUGGCGGCCGACACUGUGCGCAUGGGUGACAUCUCUUCGUCUUCUCCUUCUUCCUCUUACCACCCUCAUCCCAACCCCAGCNCACCACCACCACCAAUCUGAGACCCCCUAUGCGGCUGACGAUCCUGACGCCCUUUAUUCUUCUUCCCCUCUUGCCUCCACUUCCGGUACAUUUAUGCACAUGAAUUUCAUGCGGAACCAAUCCACGCCCUCUGUUACUUAUCAACAACGGCCCAUGGCGGCCGACACUGUGCGCAUGGGUGACAUCUCUUCGUCUUCUCCUUCUUCCUCUUACCACCCUCAUCCCAACCCCAGCUUCAUUUCUUCUUUCUACAAUUAUGCUGGCGGUGGUUUCUUUGGUGCUUCCCAGCCCGUGCACAGAUCAUCUCAGCCUUCUUCAUCUACUUCCAAGCAAACUCCACCCCCACCCCCACCCCCAACUGGCUCCGCUUGGGAUUUUUUGAAUCCUUUCGAGAGUGUUGAUAAUUUUUACUGUCCCUACUCGCCAAGCCGGGAUUCCAUGGAGGUGAGGGAGGAGGAGGGAAUUCCUGAUCUGGAAGAAGAUGAUUCUGAGCAGGAGGUUGUGAAGAAAGUCCAUGUGGAUCACAAGUUUGUGGAUGGGGGUAGACACCAUGGCCGGAGCUAUUCGAGUAAGGUUGCCUCAAAGGAUGAGGAUGACAAGCCGAGUGAUCCGGAAUCUCUUUACCAGGGGGCCAGACCAACUGUAUCUGCUCAGAACGAUCCCGUCGAUUACGAGGUGCAUAUCGUGGAUAAGAAAGUGGUUAACGAUCCAGGGACAUCAGAGGAUCACAAAAAUGUGCGAGGGUUCACGGCUCGAGGUUGUUUCAAUGGAGACUCGGAUGUCAUGAGGGAGAUUCAGCUUCAAUUUGAACGAGCAUCGGAAUCCGGCAGCGAACUGGCUAAGAUUCUAGAGGUUGGAUAGCUACCCUACAACCUCAAACACUCUGCCUAUCAAGCUUCUUCCAAGAUGUUGCACGCAUUUACUCCUUCCUUGUUUGUGUUGUCAUCACAACCUUCUACAUCAAAAGGUGCCGGAGGUGACAAGUCUGAUCCUGCUUUAUUUAAUGUAGAAGGAGAAGUAAGGUCUUUAAGGUCCAAAAGUCUUUCUUCUACCUUACAAAAGCUCUAUCUUUGGGAGAAGAAACUCUAUGAAGAAGUUAAGGUAUGUUUCUUUAUUG